AUGUCGAUACCGUCAUUUGAGUCCCUCUGCUUAAAAGACGAUGACAACUGUCCGUCCCCAACUGAUCUCGACAGCUUUGGCGAUGAGUUUGACAAAGACUUGGAAUCAGAUGGAAAUAAGAUCAACAAGGAGAUGGACACUGCUGAGGUGUACAUGCAGGCCUGCAAGCUGGUAGGUGUGGUGCCGGUCUCUUACUUUAUUCGAAACCUUGAAUCUCCAGCUGUGACACUCUCCCACCAUGGGCUCGGACCUUUGGGAUGCAAGGCACUCGCUAUUGCUUUAGUGACUGAUACGCAAAUAAGCGCCCUGGCACUGGCAGACAAUUCAAUUCAAGCUGAGGGAGCCAAGUACCUCAUGGAGACCUUGAGGGCUAAUUUCACCAUUCAGCACCUGGAUAUAUCCCACAACCAUCUGAAAUCUGCUGGGGCUGAGUAUGUGGCUAAAAUGUUGCUGGACAGCAUUUCGUUAAAAUCUGUGAAGCUUUCAGGGAACGGAUUUACUGAUGAUGAUGCUAAAUAUUUUGCAGAUGCUCUGUCAACCAAUUCCAGGAUAAAGGUACUGGAUCUGAGCCAUAAUGAGUUUUGUGGAAAAGGAGGGGAGCAUUUGGGACAGCUGCUGGCAAACAAUGAGGGCCUGGAGGUGCUGGACCUCAGCUGGAAUCAUCUAAGAAUGAAAGGGGCUGUGGCUUUUUGUGCUGGGUUAAAAGUGAAUAUGAUGUUAAAGCACCUUGACUUAUCGUGGAACGGUUUUGGGAACGAAGGUGCUCUGGCAAUGGGAGAAGCCCUCAAAUUCAACACCACUCUGGUGCAUCUCAACCUCAACAAUAACCGCCUGACCAAUGAAGGCGUCAGCAUGCUGUGCAGGGGUCUUGAAUUCAAUGACACACUCAGAGUCCUGACGUUGGCUUAUAACUCUUUGACAGUAGAGGGCGCACUGGCUCUAGUCAACGUGGUGAAGAACUCACCUAAAACUGCCUUGGAGGAGAUCAACAUAUGCAAUGUGCUGGUAAAUGAGCACUUUGUGCAUCUAUUGGAGGUGACGUGUCAGGAGCAUCCUGGUCUGGGUGUACAGUAUGGAGGCGUAGGAGGCUUCAUGGCUAAGAAGCCACCAAAACGUGUUGAUCCAAUGAAAGUCAUUCAGGAUUAUCUGGACCAACGGAAACUGCGGCUGUGGGAUUUCUUUCGAAACAUCGAUAAAGAUGGCAUCAUGAGAGUGUCUGUUACUGACUUCAGGAAAGCAGUUCAGCAAUCAAGCAUUCCCUUGGACCGAUACCAGAUUGAGGAGCUGAUUCAGAGACUUGACCGGGACAGGACAGGAAUGGUGGACUACAGAUCUACUUCCCGUCAGAAGAAAGAGAAGCAGAAGAGUGACCGCAUUCUCAAAACCUUCCAAAGUGCUGUGGAGGCGGUGACACCUCACGGCUCCAUAGUCAUGUCUCCAGGAGGUGCCAAAGAAGACUCAAGUGGCCCUCAACACUUUUCCGCCACCCCUCUCAGCUCUUGGCACCACAUUGUCAUGUCCAACAGCAGCCGCUACUCUGUCACUAACAUGAGCAACAUCCACCUGCCCAUGUUAAGAGGCGCCACGCCUUACCGUCCCACCAGCUCCUCCGGGAUGCGUUCGUACUCCCAGCCAAACCUGUCGGCCGAUUCCCCUCGCUCUGCUCCAGACAAGUCCAUCUCUGCUCAGGGCAUUCGCUCAGAUCCAGAGAUGAGCCACAGCAAGCUAAGCCCCACUGCUAACAGCCUGACGAGAUCCAGGCCCGCUCUCAAUGUAAAGCAGUCAGAGGGUAAAAGUAAAGUCAAAGUCAAGAAAAUGAAGAAAAAGAAACCGAAGAAGAAUGCAGGCAAAGCUUCAAAGAACCCUGCAGUAACGGUCAAGUGA